AACCCAACCAGUGAAGGUUGAUUCCCGGGAGAUAGCUGUCUUGGAACUCGCUACGAAUUCAAUCAGAAAUAUUAUUUAACAAAAAAGUCUGCAUGGUAUCUUAAACGAUUUAAAAAGCAAUGAAAGAUCUUUGUUUCAGUUGGAAUAUUAAAGAAAAGCCUCAACCAUGCCAGAGUUAGUAGAGCAGAUGUACUGCUCCCAGCAGAUAGUCAUACCGCCGAAAUUCCCUUACAUCUUGAAGAGGUAUUGCAAAGCUGCCAUCAAGACUCAGCCCUACGACCUCUUGCGGUGGUCAUUCGAAUACUUCAAGGCCCUCGCUCAACGUCGUCCACCGCCGGUGAAGCUGCGGCUCGAAUACCCCGUGUUCAGCACUGAGGGAGGACUGACUAGGGGGUGCCUUAAGGUCUUGGCUAACCAGCUAGCAGGCAUGGCAGAGAUCCCCUUGCCAGUCCUCAAGCAAGCUUGGGAGGGCUUCUGCCUCGACCCUCAAGAGUUGAGGAGGAUUCUGUGCCUCUGUGAGGUUUACUUGAGGAAGGAUACAGUACCGUUCUUGCACUUCCUUGCAGUUGCUGGAGGAUUGCUGACCAAGUGCCUCACACACACCAUGAUUCUCCUCUGCGAAUCCCUGACGAAGGAACCUGAUGGUGGUUCCGCCGCCAUUCCCGUGAGCGAGUUCCUUGUCAUGUACAAGUUCAUAGCUAAGAUGGACGCUGCGAAAGACGUGCGGUACUUCAAUGGGUUUAGAGAGGGAGAAGCUCCAGACCCAGAAUCCGUGCCUGAAGAAGAAGAAAUACAAGAGCAAGAGGAACUGCACGGAGAUAGAAAAUUACGAGAAAUCAGCGCCACACUGAUGAGCUCUACAGAAGCGGUGCCAAAACAAGGAAUGGUAGCCGGUCGGCAGAUGUCCACCACUAGCGGAGAGUUCAUCGUCCAGCACAUCGAGAAGGAGAUCAUGGCGUACAUCGACGAACAGAUCGCUAUCCUGCCGGACCCUGACUUGAAGAAGAAGAAGGCCAAGCCAGAAGAAGUGGAAAUGAUCAAGCAGAUGUUGGAGACGUUCCUCGACGAGAACAUGGACAUCAUCGUGCCAGAGGUCGAGGAAGUGGAAGAGGAGGAACAACCUAUCCCAGAGAUAACAAUAGUAUAUGCUGUGCCUGGAAUUGGUCCUCCUGUGGAUCUGGACAUCAUCUCGGAGUUCCAGGACUAUGCCCUGGACGUGUGCAAGGUGCAAGCCGACUUGUUCAUGCCGAGGAACAUCAGGCACUUCUUAUGCCCACCGCUGGAGAAAUACGAUGAACACAAAUACGAAUUGACUCCGCCUCACACUCCAAAGAAGGAACAGAAAGUGCCCACUGGAGGAACUAUCACAGAUUGAUCAUCACUACUAGAUGGCAGCACUUCCAACCUCAUCUGUCAAAAUGACGAUGUUUUAUACUACCCUCAAUUUGUUCAGUCACGCUUUGUUCGUCUUUAAUGCACUGUUAAUUAGUUAAUUUAUUGAAAA